AUGAUGCUCUCUGGUCAUAGUUCUCCUGACUUCAUUAAUGGAUCUCUCUCAACCGACCAGAAAUUUGUGAAUGGAAGUCAAUGCGAACAUGAUACUGGGGCACCAUCUGGUGGCCUGGACAGGACAACAGACUCCAGAAAUGGUCAGGUUAAUUAUGCUGCUGGAAUCACUGGCUCCAGCGAUUGGCAAGUCAGCUCUUGCAAUGGGCUUACGAGUGACAUUGAGGGAAAGGGGGUUCAGAUAGACCUCAUGAGCACUGGACUGACCACAGCUUUCAACAAUGGUCAAACAAGCAGAACUGCUGGCUCGGCGAAACAUCAGCCCGACCGGCCCCGCGCGACCUCCGAUGAGACUUCUGUAAAAACGAGUUGUCUGGCCUCCUCACACGAUAAGACUACGUGCCUCGCUCGAAGCAACAAAUCCAAAAUUCUCCCCGACGAGACCCCGGCUGCGACAUAUUCCCCACCGACCAUCACACAUACCGCACCAGUUACCUAUUGUGCUGCAGACUCCGCGAGGGGCUCCGGAGAUGGGCCCGAUCAAACCGCAGCCGAGACGGACCCGGACAGCCCUAAUAAUUCUUGCCUUUCCCCCAGAAACUCGCCAGAAUCUUCCUCUUUUACAUUCCCAGCUUCUUCCUCCUCCUCUUCUUCCUCCUCUUCCUCCUCUUCCUCUUCCUCUUCCUCUUCCUCUUCCUCUUCCUCUUCCUCUUCCUCCUCCUCCUCUCCUCCGUCUGCAGCAGAGCCUUUGUCAAGCACCAAAGACAUCACUUUGCUGCCUACCCCUGUAUUCUCAGUCAAUCAAACCCUCGUUCACAACAUGUCUAGGCUUGAUCACCAGCCCUUGAAAGGUUCUUCUUUUCCUAGAUCCUCAGCCUUAGCCCUCGAUUUUCUUACGGCAAAGUCCUCUUUGACGGGGCAAGUCGGUUGGCCCAGCUUGAUUAACUCCAGCAACGGUCACUUGGCCAGUCAGUCAAUUGGAAAUAACAUGACCUAUAAUGCGCGGUAUAAAGGCUACACUGGGGCUGAACACUACCAAGAGGCCUCCUUCAGUGCCAAUCCUGUUCCAAAACAUGCGACUCGCCGCAGUCAGAAUAUCCCCGCUGCUUACCUUUCGCAGAACUGGCGCUCUGGACAUCAAACUACCUUUAGUAUGGCCAAUAACAUCAUCAACAUGGGCGUGCAGAGCGAAAUCGCUGGCGUCGACUCUGGCUCCGGACUAACUCCUCCGGGUGCCGAUCCGAUUUGCAAUCCUGCGCCGGGCUUGAAUAAUGUGCCUGGGUUCUCGGCCUCUGUUUCCGGCAUGCCGCCGAAUGCGUCAGUUUCAGCUCCUCAGCCCACUACUAGUGCCGAGUAUUAUACCUCCCAUGCGGUCAGCAAGGUUACAAGCGGCUCUCGCAACCCUGGCCUUCAUAAUAGUCACGGUUCUCCCUAUAUCAUCAAUCCAACCGAGGACACCCUCGCCGCAAGGCUCAACGCCCUUAAUGUCGCCAACGGCCAGAACACAACUAACCCUCCCCAUUGCGCCACCGUCACUGGAAACAACUUUAGGAUCAACCCCAAUAACGAUUCCAAUGUCAACAGCCAUAACAAUCUCAACGUCGCCUUCACUUCCAACAACCAGAUCACCAUCAGCUUCACCAUCUCGUCCGAUAUCCAAGGCUACUGCUUUGUGCGCCCCGAUGGCUCGCGUACCCGCUUGGUUCCGGUCGAUAAGCUUCCGUAUCCGCUUGCUGGUAUUCCCGUGACUGAGACGGGUCCUGAUGCGGAGCGCUUGAUCGCGCUGCCAAUUCCCACGGGUGUGGGACGUGAUGGGCGCAAUACGAAUACUGAACCGUUGCGUCCGAGCCACAACAUCUCCGCCGCGCGCACCACCAACAACACCAACACCAGCAUCCCCAACAGCAACAUCCGCGGCGUCGAUUCCCACGGUAAGCCCAUCAAAAUCUACUGCGACAAGUGGGUGCACGAGGGCGUUUGCGCCUUCACCCAGCAGGGCUGUCGCUUCCUCCACGAAAUGCCGCGCGACCCCGCCACCCAGCAGAUGGUUGGCCUCUUCCAUGGGUAUCCGGCGUGGUGGAAGAAGCAGCAGGCUAUGUUGAGCGCGCCAAUCAGGGGUGUCGAGGAGGGGAUUGCUGCUGCCUCCCAGCGUUCUUCUACCAGCCUGCUGAAUCGCGGCCCACGCCCCAACACCCUCCCUGGUUGCCUUGUGGAACGUGCCCCUGACAGCCCGACCCCGCUUCCUCGCUCUGUUCGGGGUACUGCUGCUGCGACUGCUCGCAUCGACUCUUCCCGUCCAUCUGGUAGCGUGAGCCAGUCUGUUUGGGACCGUCCCAGCAAAGGUGCUUGGGGCCAGGACGUUCUCUGGGGCCACAGCAGCUCCUUGUCUAACUCAAGCUCGGGCUCUGAGAACGGGAAUAGUUCUUGUGCUGAUGGUAAGAAGCAGGGGACUUGCGCAUUUGAUUUCCCCUCCAUCCCGGCUUCCUCUCCCUCCCCCUGGGGCCCAAUCGCUCCUCCCCACACCCAGAGUGCUGCCAGCACCGUCGCGAGCAACAACACGCGCUCGACAGACACCACCACUGCGACCAGCAGCAACGGGGUGAGCAUCGCCACGGCUCCAGCUCGUACAAGCGGCAGCAACGGCAACCCGUACUCUGUGCUCUCCUUUGCCCAUGGCGAGGAUGUCAAGCAGGAGCAGAGAGCCGAAGAGGAUCUUUCGCUUGAAAGCGAGUAA